AUGGUGUCACAUCUACGCCGCCCUAAUCCUUGCGCUCUGCACUGUUGUAUGCAGAAAGUUCCCGAUACCGUCCGGGACUCGGACGCGGGCUCCGGCCUGCUAGCAAUGAGCGCGUUGAUCUGGGUUGUGAGGCGGUUCCAUUUCCUGACCGGCGACCUCCGUCGCAUUGCCACCAGCAUGGACAAGCCCACCGUCUCGGUGUUGAAGGCGCUGCGGAACGAGAUGGUAGCCCUCAUCAACAAGCAAGUCCCGCUCAUACGGUCGGGGAAAAUCGUUGUUGCUACCGACGCCUAUGACGACGAUGGCGAGGAAUUCCAUUCUGCAUCCGUAGCAGUAGGGGUCGCCCCGAACGUCGUUGAUGAGCGUGGCAAGUCGGGAGUCGGCGUCGACGAGGGCGAUGCGGCCGCAGGAAAGGGGGUGACCAGGACUGAGGUUGUUCACGGGGAUGAUGAUGGGGUCCAGGAUCGCGAGGAGGAACGUGAGGGUGAGGGGGGCUCUGAGGAGUCGUCGGGGUCGAGAUCGGCGGAUGUCGAGAACGACGAAGGGGAGGGGAAGGGUGCGACAGCGGAUCUCGGCGAGGUCGGCGUGGAGGCGGCUCACAGAGAUGGUGGCAUGGUCGAGGUCGGUGAAGGGGAUAACGCCGCGGUCCCGAAGCAGAGGGACGUGGAUGUGCAUACCGAUGCCACCGCGGAGAAGGCCGGGGGGGAGCGGUCUAGGAGGAAGAAGGCGGCGAGCGGUCAUCCCGGUUCCACCGCGGCUGGGCGGCAGGCGCGGCUGGACGUCGUCGAUCAGCUGAGAGCGGAGAACAAGCGAUUGCGUGCGGACAAUGCACGCCUUGAACGGCGGCUCGGUGAGCAGACGGGGCGUGUCAACAGCUUGGCGGCGGCUUUAGCUGGGCUCCUCGAGAAGGUGAAGGGUUUGACCGCCCAGGUCGCCGACACCGACCGGAAAUCGGAGGAGCGCCUCAAAGAGGCCACGACGACCAUGGCGACCACAAUCACCGAGGGCCUGACCGACAACAUGGACAGCGCAAUUCAAUCGGACAAGUCCUUCGCCGAGCUAGCGAGGCAGAUGCUGCUGGAUCUUGACGACCCCAAGGGACGAGCGGCGGUCGCACGCGCGCCCGCGGUGAAGACAUUGACCGAGCACGUUUCGGCUGAGGUGGGCGAGGCGAGGAAGGGGUUGGAGGAGUCGUUCAUAAAAUACAUCGGCGCCGCGCAGACCAACAUUGCCGCCGCCGUCUCGCCCCGCCUAGUCCAGCCGCCGCCGCCGACCGCCCCAGCGCAGGCCUUGCCGGAAGAUUUCCUGAAGUCUUUCAAGGAGGACGUGCUGAAGGCGGUGACGGAGACCACGCAACAGUCCUUUCUCGCCUCCGGACUGAAGAUAAUGACCAAGGUCGUCGGCACGGUGGCGACUGCUCGGCGUGGGUCGUCGCCGUCGGCAAACGACGCCGGCCAAGCGCAACCUACGGAGGGCUUGAAGCUGGGUCAUAAGAGGGGGGGAGGCGGCGGGGGGGGGCGACGGGGACAAUUCGGCGAACAGGAAGCGGAGCAAGGGAGGCGGGGGGUCUCGCGUCGCCGGCGACGGGAGCAAGGGGGGCGGAGAAGGAGGCGGCGGGGGGGGGGGGACGGAGACGAUUCGGCGGGCGCGAGGCGGACCAAGGGAGCGGUUGGUUCUCGCGUCGCCGGCGAUGGGAGCAUGGGAGCCGGCGACGGCAGUUCGGGGAAGCAGACGGGGAAGAGCGUGGUCGACAUCCUCAGGAAGCACUGGGCUCAGGUUGGAGCGGCCAGCACGGGCCAUGGUGGUGGGGGUCCCGCCGACGAGCAUGCCACUGAUGACGCACUGCCAAUGGCUCCGCCUUCGGUCGGCGUUAAGCCACCACGACAGGGUAGCGGUGAGAAAGGGUUGCGCGACAAGGAGAAGGCCGCCGCCAAAACGGCCCCAGGCGGGUACGGGAAAGCUGGCCAGGGCCCGAAGACAGGGGUUGCGGAGGCGUCAGCGGUUCCUCACCAGUCUCCCGCGGGUGCACGCCAUCCGACCGGACCGUCUGCGGGGCGACCUGCCGACGUCCCGCGCCAUGCCGACGUACUGUCUGCCGACAAGGUUGGCCGCGCGGGAAAAGGGGCGGCAGUUGCGGACGCGCUCAAGGAGCAGCUUAGGCUCCUAGCCGGCCACAGGGCUGUUCAACAGCCCCCCCCUGCUGUCGACGUCCCAUCGGCCAGUGUGCCACGUGUAGUGCCGGUCGUCGCCGCCCGUACUCCUGCAGACCCAAAGUCCAAGUUGCUGCGCGCCCAGCUGGGCGCACUAGCGUCGACUGCGAGGACUCAGCAGGCUUCUGGCUCUGGCGCUAAGCCGUCGUCGGCGAAUCCUUCGGCAGGACUCGUCGGCAUCGCGGCAGAGCCUAGUGCGACCGGUGAUGCGGUCGGUGAAGGAAAGUCGAAACGGAAGGGGAAGGCGGGCUCACAGAGGAAGACGCGGGAGAAGUCGGAGGUGAAGGCGGCGGAUAAACAGAAGGGGAUGGCGGCGGACAAAGAUGGAGGCAGCAUUGCGGAGGUUGAAGGGAAAGGGGAGAAUCAGGAGAAGUCGCCCGGCGAGGGUACGUCGACGGGGAGGAAGGGGAAGGACAAGUCGGUCGGAGAAGGUGGGUUGACCGGGAGAAAGGGGAAGGAGAAGGCGGUCGGCGAGGGUUCCUCGAAGGGGAGAAAGGGAAAGAGGAAGGCGGAGGAGGAGGAGGAGGAUGUCGAGGAGGUGGAGGAGGUCGAGCAGGAGGAAGAAGAGGAGGAGGAGGAGGAGGAGGAGGAGGAGGAGGAGGAGGAGGAGGAGGAGGAGGAGGAGGAGGAGGGGAAGGGCAAGGAGAGGAGGGGUCAUGGCAUCCGACACGAUACCUUGGGCGACAAGCAAGGGUGGGUCGGCGAGAUUAAGGUGCACGGCAUCAAUCGAUACAUCGGCAAGUCGUGGGACAAGAUGGAGCUCGCGUACGUUCACUCCAUCGCGUACGUCAACUACGACAGUUUCGUAAGCAAGGUGCUCAUGACCGAGCUCACCGACUUGGACAGCGCCGAAUUGGAGAGGUGGAAGGAGGUGUGGGAGGAGGUCAAGAUCUUGCUGACAGGGAUGUGGACGGUGAUGUGGGCCCGGGGUACGCUCCUUCCAAAGACACGGCUGACUGAGAUCAUCGACGCGUAUCGCCAUUACAAGUCCACAGGCGAUGGUCUCCACGCCGCGCUCAUGCCAGCGAUAUGGUACCCAGUCGAUGCUAGCACCAAGGAAGGCUGGGAGAAGUCGGUGUCCAUGCUGUCGGCGAUGAUAGGCCGGGUGUCAAUGUGCGCUGCGUAUGGGAAGACCGCUGCGGCAGCGGCGAAGGAGGGAGACAAGGAGGAGAGGACGGAUAUGGCGGCAUGGGCGUUAGCAGCAUCCGCAUGCGCUGUGUGGUGCUUCAUCGAGGGCGGCGAUGCCCAGCUGGCGGAUGCUAUGGAAGAAGGGAAGUCGGCGGUGAUCAUCGGUGGAGCGAGCCAGGCGACCGCCGAUGUAUUCGGAAAAGUCAUGGAGGCGGUGCUGAACGCCGAGAUGAACAGGGACCGCCCCCUGGGAGAGGUUGCUUACAACGUCGCGCCAGCACUCCAGAGGACCGCCCUUGAUAGGGUCUGUCUGGGGGGGAAUGCUGGAGUAGAUGCCGACGUUAUCGCUAGAGUGACGGUUGAGAAGAUAUGA